CUGCGCGGCGGGGGCCCAAGGGCCGGAGCGGGCGGGGGGCGCCGCCGCCGGCGCCAUGUUCCGGUACCAGUCCUUAGAGGACUGCCCGUUGGAUGAGGAUGAAGAUGCUUUCCAAGGUCUGGGUGAGGAAGAUGAAGAUAUCGACCAGUUUAACGAUGACACGUUUGGAGCCGGGGCUGUCGAUGACGACUGGCAGGAGGCCCACGAGCGGCUGGCCGAGCUGGAGGACAAGCCUGUGGCAAGCAGGGAGCAGGAUGGACCCAGCAGCGAGGACCUGGACCUGCUGGGGGACCCUGAGGACACCCUGGCCGAGCGGCUGACCCGGCUGGUCAUCGACAGCGAGCUGGAGGACCCUGCCAUCAUGCAGGCAGUGCAGACCCGGGGCCCUGCGCAGCAGCCUGGAGGGCUCAAUUCCAGCAUUUGGGAUAGCUCGGCCGUGCUGCGGCGCAUGCGGGGGCCGCUCCUCACUCAGGAGAUGCCCUCGGUGUCCGUGCUGGACUAUGCUCUGCCCCAGAGGCCCCCCCAGCCCCGCGAUGACGAGCGGGACCCGUCGGAGCGGGCGCUGCCGCGGCGCUCCUCGUCCCCCGUCAUCGGGAGCCCCCCUGUGCGGGCUGUCCCCAUCGGCACCCCCCCAAAGCAGGCUGCUGUGCCCAGCUUCAACCAGCAGAUCCUAUGUCCGAAGCCUGUCCACAUCCGAGCGACCCUGCAGCAGCGCUACCCCGCUCCCUACGGAGAGAGGAUGUCCCCCAACCAGCUCUGCAACGUACCGAAUUCCUCCCUCCUGGGCCACCCAUUCCCGCACAGCGUCUCUCCCGUUCUUACCCACCUGCAGAGAGCUCAGCUGCUCGGAGGAGCACAGGCCGGCCGGAUGUCCCCCAGCCAGUUUGCCCGGGUCUCCGGCCUGGUUGGGAGCCCCAUUCCCUCCGUGAAUCCCAAGCUGCUCCAGGGCAGGGUCGGGCAGAUGAUGCCUCCAGCCAGUGGGUUUCGUGCCUUCUUCGGGGCUCCCCCUGCUCCUCCUCCCUCUCAGCUGCAGCACCCACCGGGUCCUGGAUCCCACCUCCAGAGCCUCCGGCCUCAACCCCAGAUGUUCCGCCCGGACACGACCCACUUGCACCCGCAGCACCGCCGGCUCCUGCACCAGCGGCAGCAGCAGAGCCGAAGCCAGCACCGGAGCCUCAACGGCUCCGUGGGGGAUCGAGGGGGUCACCGGAGCAGCCACCAGGAGCAGAUGAGGAAAGAUCCUUACGCCAACCUCAUGCUGCAACGGGAGAAGGAUUGGGUGUCCAAGAUCCAGAUGAUGCAGCUCCAGAGCACUGAUCCCUACCUGGAUGACUAUUACUACCAGAAUUACUUCCAGAAGCUGGAGAAGUUGUCGGCAGCGGAAGAAGUCCACGGUGAUGGUCCCAAGAAGGAACGCACUAAACUCAUCACACCUCAGGUGGCCAAGCUGGAGCACACCUACAAGCCAGUGCAGUUUGAGGGCUCCCUGGGGAAGCUCACAGUCUCCAGCGUCAACAACCCUCGGAAGAUGAUCGAUGCGGUGGUGACCUCCCGCAGCGAGGAUGAUGAGACAAAGGAGAAGCAGGUUCGGGACAAGAGGCGCCAGACCCUUGUCACGAUCGAGAAGACAUACAGCCUCCUCCUGGACGUGGAGGACUAUGAGAGACGCUACCUCCUGAGCCUGGAAGGGGAGAGGCCGGCCCUGAUGGGUGAGAGGAAGCAGAAGAUCUGUGACAUGUACGACAACCUGAGGGGGAAGGCGCCCGGGCAGGACAGGCCGAGCGAUGACCACUUCAUGCAGAUCAUGUGCAUCCGGAAAGGGAAGCGCCUCGUCGCCCGGAUCCUGCCCUUCUUGUCACCCGAGCAAGCGGCCGACGUGCUGAUGGCAACAGCCAGGAACCUGCCCUUCCUCAUCAAGAAGGAUGCUCAGGAUGAGGUGCUGCCCUGCCUGUUGAGGCCCUUCUCACACGUUCUCUACCACCUUCCCUUGGGGACAGUCACCAGCCUUGUGCAGCAGUUAACGAACCUACCUCAGAGCGCGCCCGCGCCAGCACCCACCAACCUGCACCUCACUGCUGUGCUCCAGAACAAGUUCGGCCUGUCCCUGUUGUACUUGGUGCUGAGCCGUGGGGAGGAGCUGCAGAGCUCGGACACCAACACGGAGCUGAUGCAGGACAACCAGUGGACGGAGCUGAUGCUCAUGGCAACGCGGGAGCUCCUGCGCAUCCCUCAGGCAGCUUUGGCAAAACCAGUGUCCACCCCUUCCAACCUCCUCUCCCUCUUCUCUCGCUACGUGGACCAGCAGAAGCUCAACCUGCUGGAGACAAAAUUGCACUUAGUGCACGGGAUCCGGUAGGACAUCUCCACGGCUCCUCGGCACCAGAGUGUUCCAGAAGAUGGAUGGAGGGCAGGGGAUUCCCCCCCCAACACACCCCAACCACCCUCCCACCACCCCAGGGUGGGGGUUUUGGGGUGGGAGAAGCGCUUUCCCACCCCAAAACCUUGGGAGAACGCUUCUCCCAUCCCCAAAUGAUGGGAGGAUCCAUCUCCCGCCCCCAAAACCAUGGGAGAAAACACCUCUUCCAUCGCAAAACCUUGGGAGAACCCCUUUUCCACCACAAAAUCAUGGGAGAACACACGUCUCCUACCCCAAAAUCAUGGAAGAAUCCUUCUUCCACCCCAAAACGAGGGGAGACAACACCUCUCCCAGCCCAAAACCUUGGGAGAACGCCUUUCCUACCCCAAAAUCAUGGGAGAACACACCUCUCCUACCCCGAAAUCAUGGGAGAAUCCUUCUUCCACCCCAAAAUCAUGGGGGAAAACACCUCUCCCACCCCAAAAUCCUGGAAGAAUCCCUCUUCCACCCCAAAAUCAUGGGAGGCUCCUUCUUCCACCCCAAAAUUAUGGGGGGAAAACUCCUCUCCCACCCCAAAAAACUUGGGAGAACGCUUCUCCCACCCCAAAAUCAUGGGAAAAAGACCUCUCCCACCCCAAAAUCAUGGGAAAAAGACCUCUCCCACCCCAAAAUCAUGGGACAAGGAGGUGCUGGGGGGGGUGUUUGGCUGCUCCCCCCCACCCCCAACAUGCUGAGCUCCCCCUUUCUCUACCCCCCCCACUGCUUCUCCUCCCCCCCCACCCCACUAUAGAAGGGAGAAGCCCCCCCAUUGCCCAUUAAGGGGUAACAGGGGGUGGCCCCCACUCCCUCCGUGGCCCCCAUUGAGCACUGAGCUCCGGUCCUUGCCCUUCCCUGACCGUGCACACGUGUGAACAUGCGUGAACACGCGUGUGCACACCCCCACACCUCUUUUGCACACUUGCCUUGUCUUCCCCAGCCUCCCCUCCAUCCCUCCCCCUUGGGAUCCCUCCCGGGGGGGGGCUCCAGCCCCUCGGAUCCCGCUGGAUCCCUCCUGGGAAAGGCGGCAGCAGGGAAUGGGGGGGGGGGGAGGUUUAUUUUACCCCUUUUUUUGGCUUUUAAAAGAGAAACCACCCCAAAUAUUUGCACAUGGAGGUAUUUUAACCCCCCCUUUGGCAUUAACACCCCCCCCCUCGCUGCCCCUCUCCCCCACCAAGCAGAAAGUUCAUUUAUUAUUAUUAAUUUCUUGUCUUUUUUGCCCUUUUCUUUGGUUUUUUGGGGGGUUUCCCCCCAACCCUCCCCCCCCAGCCCCCCCCCCCCAAGUUUUCAGUUCUGGUUAAUGAGAAUAAAGUUUCUAAAUUUACAUUUUUAUAGGGUUCUUGUAAAUAAAGAUGAAUUGUAUACUGCU